AUGUCCCUGCGGAAGCGGGACGAAAUCGACGGUGUAGGCGGAAGCGCGAAGCUGGCGGGUUCCCCGGAGGCGCCCGAGGAACGUGUGCCGGGUCGCUGCUUGUCACUGCUGCCAUGGGACCGCUUUUCGGCCUGGUUGCACUGCGUUUGUGUGGUGGGCUUCGACCUGGAGCUUGGGCAAGCCGUGGAGGUAGUAUACCCUCAACAUGCAAAACUCUCAGAUAAAGAGAAAACCAAUAUUUGCUACUUGUCUUUCCCAGAUUCCAACUCAGGUUGCCUUGGAGACACACAGUUUUGUUUUAGAUUCCGGCAGUCUUCUAGCAGAAAGCUGUCAUGGCAUUGUCUUCUGGACCAGUUUGACAGAGACCUUCCCAUCUAUUUAAAGAAGGAUCCUGCAUAUUAUUAUGGCUAUGUGUAUUUCAGACAAGUCCAAGACAAAACAUUAAAAAGAGGCUACUUUCAGAAGUCCUUGGUUCUGGUCAGCAAGCUGCCUUACAUCCACUUUUUCCACAUUGUGCUUGGACACAUUGCACCUGAAUAUUUUGAAAAGAACGAACCUUUCUUGGAAGCAGCUUGUAGUGAUAUUGAUCGAUGGCCAUCACCAGUCCCAGGGAAAACUCUGCAUCUGCCCAUUAUGGGCAUUGUGAUUAAGGUACGGAUUCCUACAUGUCAUGACAAGCCUGGAACAACAGAAGUAUUACAGACUGCACAUCAGCCAGCCACACAGAUUUCCAUUGCUCUGCCUACUAUCCAUGAAGUGGAUCUCUUCAGAUGUUUCUUGCCAGUGUUCUUUCACAUCCAGAUGCUCUGGGAGCUAGUGUUGUUAGGGGAACCGCUUGUUGUCAUGGCACCAUCUCCAUCAGAGUCUUCAGAAACUGUGUUGGCACUUGUAAGCUGUAUCUCACCUUUGAAGUACUACAGUGAUUUCAGGCCUUACUUUACGAUACAUGACAGCGAAUUCAAAGAAUAUACUACUCGUACACAGGCCCCGCCUUCUGUCAUAUUAGGAGUGACAAAUCCAUUUUUUGCUAAAACGCUGCAGCAUUGGCCUCACAUCAUCCGAAUAGGAGACAUUAAACUGGCAGGCGAGAUCCCAAAGCAAGUGAAAGUGAAAAAGCUGAAAAACUUAAAGACUUUGGAUUCGAAACCUGGUGUUUAUACAUCUUAUAAGCCAUACUUGAACAGAGAUGAAGACAUCAUAAAACAGUUGCAAAAGGGAGUACAACAGAAGCGUCCUGCAGAAGCCCAAAGCAUAAUCCUUCGACGUUACUUUUUGGAACUGACCCAAAGCUUCAUUAUUCCUCUAGAACGAUAUGUAGCAAGUUUGAUGCCUCUUCAAAAGAGCAUAUCACCUUGGAAGAGUCCACCACAGUUGAAACCAUUCAAUCAAGAGGAAUUUAUGAAAACUCUAGAGAAAGCAGGGCCACAGCUUACCUCUAGAUUAAAAGGAGAUUGGAUAGGACUGUACAGACACUUCUUGAAGUCUCCUAACUUUGACGGUUGGUUCAGGACACGGCGGAAAGACAUGACACAAAAGUUGGAGGCACUGCAUUUAGAGGCAUUGUGCAAUGAGGACUUGCUUUUCUGGAGUCAAAAACAUAGUGAAGUAGAAACAGUGGACCUUGUCUUAAAAUUAAAGGAUAAAUUGGCUGACGGAGAAAACUUACCGGCGAAACCUGGCACAAUGGAAAAGUUACAGACGCACAUUGAUUCAAUUAUACUGGCAUUACCAGAAGAUUUGCAGGGUAUACUGAUCAAAACUGGCAAAACGUGACAAACUGUAUUUUUAUGCAGCCGCAUAUCCCAUGACACACAUUUCAAAGGUACAGACAGGAUGUACUUGGAGAACUGUAGGUAUGCAGUGUUUUACAAUAGAAACAGACUGUGCUACUUCUAAACGUUUUAAAACAGACCUUGAAAAUUCAUCUUGAACACUGAAAGAAGUGAAACAUUUUGUCAAUUAUGUGUAGAAAUUAAGUGCUCUUAUGGAAAAUCAGCACGCGUCUUACAUUUCUGCCAUGUGGGCCUAAACAUGAAGAACAGGAACAGCAGAACUUCUUAGUUGGUGCUCUGCCCAAUUCCAUUAAACUCAGGGGAAGCAAUAUUCUGGUUUCAAAAACUGUCUCACUUAAAAGUUAUAGCUUGUAGUCUUUAGUAUUUUCCUUAAUUUUUUUUUAAACUCCCAUUACCAGCCUAUUGCUGCUAAAUGCAGAGGUCACAGAGCUGCCAUGUUUUGGCAAUUGAGAGCACCAUCCACACUAUUCCUCUGAGCCUGUGCACUCUCCUCAUCCCAUGGUUGGAGGAAAACCGCAGUUUUUCCUUGUAGUCUGAAUGAUUACCACUAAUCAAAGCUUGCUUCCAUACCAAGGACUGGAGUAGACUUCAGACUGUGGUUCAA